GUCCGAGCGAUGCCAAAUAUAUAUAUAUAUAUAUAUAUAUAUAUAUAUAUAUAUAAAUAUGGCGAGAUGCGCCGCGCGCCAGGGGCGGCGCCGGAGGCGCCGCCGGGGGGUCCCCGACGCGGAUCCAAGAAAUACGCGAGUCGCGCGACGCGUGCGGCUGUCUGGAUGGCAUGUGAAACUGGCACCAUCAGGAUAAGAGACUGCGGUGUGGCUGGUGGCACUUCUUUGAGCCAACUCCUUCCGCACACACACUUGUAUAACUUACAAGGAAUUCAAAGACUUUGUUGUAUUCGCGUCGAUGCCACAUAACUGGAUCGUCCACGUCUGCGGCCAAGCGCCAGCCGCUGACCAGCCGCAGACUGCCAACUGGAACGCUUUCUUCGCAGUGGUCUCGAAUUCCCGGGGCAAGCCCCAGCAGCCAAAGUCCCCCCUCCCCCGACCAUGCGGAGGAGGAGGAGGAGGAGGAGGAGGAGGAGGGGGAGGAGGAGGAGGAGGAGGAGGAGGAGGAGGAGGAGGAGAAGGCCUCCACUCCCCCGCCCGAGGAGGCUCCUGCCAGACGGCAGGGACACACGCAGAGGAACGGGGGGCAACGUCAGCACGGACUUCCGGAGCUCCGCGCGGGCCCCCCUCUCCGAGGCGCGCGGAGCGCCAGCAGGCGGCCGAGGGCCAGAGCAGCGGCCGAACUCGAAGCUCGCGAGACGCACGCCGUAUCGACCUCACGUGGCGGCAGCGCGCUCGAACAGCGCCACGAAGAACGCCACGACUGGUCUGGUCCUCGAGCUCGGUGCGCACGCAGAGCUCGGCGCCGGGGAAGCAGCUCGCGUGCCCGCGCCGCGGCCACCACGGCAGGCAGCUGGCCAGCCGGAAGGCGGCGCCCUCCUCGGAGGCCAGGACGCUCGCCACCACCUGCUCGUUCUCCUCCUGGCGGGGCAGGUCGAGUACGCGAUCCUCUGCACGGACGGGAAGCGCAUCGCGUGCCGGAUGAUCCGGCGCUGGUUCGCCGCCAGCUCCGCCACCGUGCCCUCGUCCGCGAGGGGCUCGGUGGUCAUGCCCGAGGAGGAGCAGCUCGGGUCCAGCAGCACAAUGUGCGUCACCCGCGCGAGCUUCGGGUCGCUGGGGGACACCUCGAGGAAGUCUGCCAGGCGCGGCUGGACGCAGGUCGCCCGGCGCUGCUUCAUGAGCCGAUCCUGUAUCCAGCCGCCGCUUGUCGCGGUCCAGGGCGAAGACGGUGCCGUCGUUCUUCAUCAGUGCCGCCAGCUGCGACGUCUUCGAGCCUGGCGCCGCGCACGCGUCCACGACGUGGGCGCCGGGCGGCGGCGCUAGCGCCAAGGCGGGCAGCAGCGACGCCUUCUGCUGGAAGAUCAGGGUGCCCGACCCGAACAUCUCGAUAUGUCCGAGGUCUGCGACUGGCCCAUGGGGCAGAGGAACAGAAGGAUCCUCCACAUGCAUGUCCCGGAAAUACACGUUGCUGCCUGCCCCCUUCGGCACCUCCGGGUUGAGCGUGGUGCCAGCCACGGUCUGCGUCUUCCUCGCCGGAGCACCGGGGCAGCGCCCGCUUCAUGCUGUCGCGGGCCUCCACGCGCCGGUCCUUGCCUCCUUCGCUCGCGCGGCCCCGCCGGCAGCCGCCUCCCGCGGCCCCAGCGGCCGCAGCACGCGCGCGGGCACG